AUGGCAUUUGAGAAAAUGUACAAUCUUAGAUAUCUAAAGAUUUGCAUUUACAAUCCUGGAAGCUAUUCUACACUACACCUUCCCAAGGGACUUGAAUCUCUACCAGAUGAGUUAAGUCAACUUCAGAGACUUUGGGAAGGAACCAAGCUAGUUGAUAUUCAAGAACUUCAAAAUGCUCUAAACGUUGAGGUACUUGAUCUCCAAGGUUGUACAAAACUACAAAGAUUUAUAGAUACAAGCCGCUUUCAUCAUCUCCGGGUGAUAAAUCUAUCUGGUUGCACAAAGAUCAAAAGUUCCCCAAAGGGUCCACCUAAUAUUGAGGAGUUGUAUCUCAAACAAACUGGCAUAAGAUCAAUACCAACUGUGACCCUCUCUUCAAAGGAUAACUCAUUUACUUAUGAUCAUGGAGGUCACAAGUUCUUGGAUAUGGAUGACUUGUCUGAGUCAAUCAUGGUUUAUUUGGAAAACCUCAAAGUUUCUUGA